AUUUUUAUAUUGCCUGUAUCUUCUCCAGACAGUGAAUAUGAAGAUAAGAGAGAUAUUACAGCUGAUCUGGGAGGAAAAUUAUGUUAUAAUAAUGAGACAAGCAAGAUUGGGGCUGAAGGAUUUUUUCAUGCCGAAGGAAAUCUCACAAACCCUGAAAUUUUCCCAGCGGAACAACCCCCAUCUACCAAUGGGAUUAAAGUGGAAGCGGCUUUAUGUGAAAAGGGAAACCAAUCAGAUUACAGAAUUCAACCAUUUACAGAACAGAUACAGGGAACAGAUACACACCUAUCAUGGAAUGCAGCUUGUCAGCUAAUUAUAUAUCAGAUGUUGUUAAAGAGGAACUGGUUUCUUGGGGAGAAAGAAAUAAAUCAGAUUACAGAAUUAUUACAAUAGCAGAGCCAGUACAAGGUACAGAUGAGAUUACUUCUGGUAGGGGAUACAGACUAUGUAACAGCUCCUCAGAUAUAAAGAUCAGUAACUAUGGUAAAAAUGUUAAUGAUUCCCGACUUAUAGCCAACUCUGAUGUACAGGGAAUGUUUAUGUGCACUGAGUGUGACAAAGUCUUUAGUAGUAAGAGCACUCUUGUUCGGCAUCAGAGAAUUCACACAGGAGAAAAACCUUAUUCGUGUCCUGAUUGUGGGAAAUGGUUUGCACAUCGCUCCAACCUUAAUGUGCACCAGAGAACUCACACGGGAGAGAAACCAUUUACUUGCGCUGAAUGUGGGAAAUGCUUUUCACGGCUGCAGCUGCUGAGCGAGCAUCACAGGAUUCACACCGGGGAGAAACCGUUCAUCUGCGACGAAUGUGGGAAAUGCUUUGCAUAUCGCUCUCACUAUAAUGAACAUCUCAAAACCCACAUAGGAAGGAAACCAUUUUGCUGUUGUGAGUGUGGGAAAUGUUUUGGCCGUCGCUCGCGGCUCAAUGAACAUCGCAGAAGUCACACAGACAAUAUUAUGUUCAGGCCCGGAUUUGUGGGAAGGCCACCUAGGCCCGGGCCUAGGGUGGCAGGAUUUUAGGGGGGCGGCAUGCUGCCCA